UUUUCUCACUCUCCCUCUCUCGAGCGCGCGCCCCCGCCUUUUUAUAUUCAUUUCUUUCGCUGUACUUCUUAGACGACACAGAGAGAGACACACGGAAAAAGCACUAAUAUAUCAUCAGGCAAAUUAACACGAAGAGCUAGAGAGCGAGAGAGAGAGUCUUGGGUUUGAGGAAUCAAUGGGUUCGUCUUCAGCUCUAAGCAGUGGCAACUACGAUCUCUCCUUCAAGAUCUUAUUGAUCGGUGAUUCCAACGUUGGAAAAACCAGCCUCAUCGUCAGCUUCGUCUCCGACUCCACCGAACCUCCUUUGCCCACCGUUGGUAUGGAUUUGAAGUUCAAGCUGCUCACAGUAGGUGGCAAGAAAUUGAAGCUCACAAUUUGGGACACUGCUGGACAUGACAAGUUCAGAACAUUAACACACUCUUUUUAUCGAGGUGCCCACGGGAUUAUUCUUGUUUAUGACAUAACCGUUAGAAGCACCUUUACAUCCAUAUCAGAUUUCUGGGCUAAAGAAGUGGAAAUUUACACCACUAAUCCGAAGUGUGUCAAGAUGCUUGUUGGAAAUAAAGUUGAUACAAAUUCUGAAAGAGCUGUAAGUCGAGAGGAAGGAAUCGCACUAGCAAAGGAGCUUGGAUGUUCGUUUCUCGAAUGUAGUGUUAAAACUAGAGAAAAUGUGGAGCAAUGCUUUGAAACGCUUGCAUUAAAGAUAAUGGAGGUUCCUAUUCUUGUGGAAGAAGGAACUCCACAGGAGAAAAAAAAUAUACAGCUGAAUGCUGGUGGUGGUGGUGGUGGUGGCAGUAGUGAUGGUGGUGGUGGACUGGUGGUGGUGGUGGUGGUGGUGGUAGUGGUAGUGGUGGUGGUGGUGAUUGCUGCUAAAAGCAAGAUUCACAUAUAAUGAACACAUCGUUUACAUGUUAAUUUCUCUUGUAAUUUCUUACUGCUCCUCUUGCUGUCAUCAAGUUGCUUG